AUGAACCUCUCCCUUCUCGACCCCUUUGCUGUCGCCAAAGAGUACCCUGAGUCGCUCACCGACACCAUUGAGUUCGGCUUCUCCAUUUACAUCAGGUUCAACUACAACGGCGAUUAUCUCGCCAGCGGCCUCAAUGACGGCAACAUCCUCAUCUUCGACUUGCAGACCUUGUCGCCUCUCACCAUCUUGCGCAAACACACCAAGCAGAUCCAGUCCCUCACCUGGUCCUUCUCCAACAGAUACCUCUUGUCCUCUGCAAAGGACAACAAUGUCAUUCUCUGGGACUUGAAGUUCUCCAAGGUCCUCCGGAUUAUCAUCUUCGAGAGCCUUGUCUGGAACUCCCAGUUUCUCUCAAACAACCCCUACAUCAUCAUUGCCUCCUCUACUGAAAACGACUGUCGCUACAUCGACUGCUCGGACGAGUUUGAUUACAAAUACAUCGACCUCCAAAACAACCCCCUAUUCAAUGUCAACGACAGCCAUCUUCCCCCCAAGUCCAACAAUCUCGCCUCUCCUGCCAAAUACUACACUCUCUCAACGGCUUUUGCUUAUGACGGAAAUUACAUUUUCAACGGAACAACAAACGGUUGGCUCAAUAUUGAAAUUAACAUUGUCUACUCCCAAAAGAUAACAAACAACAACAUCAAAUCAAUCGUCAUCUCCUCAAAUAACUCAAAAAUGUUCAUCAACUCUACUGACAGAAUCAUAAGACAAUUUACCCUACCAAAUCUAUCCGACUUCAAAUCUCUCAUAUCAAACAACAACUUCCAAUUCGAGGUCGACCACAAGUAUCAAGACGUGGUCAACAAACUACAAUGGAAUGCCAUCUCCAUCAACUACAAUGGCGAUUAUCUUGUCGCUUCAACCUAUGGCUCAAACCAUGAAAUAUACAUGUGGGAGACCUCAAUGGGCUCCCUCAUCAAAAUCCUCGAGGGCCCCAAAGAAGAACUCCUAGACGUCGACUGGAACUUCAAAAAGAAUAAAGUCUCCGCAACUGGCGUCGACAGUGGCACUAUCUACAUCUGGUCCAUCAUAAUCAACCAAAAAUGGUCCUCUCUUGCCCCAGACUUUAUUGAAAUUGAUGAAAACAUUGACUACAUCGAAAGAGAAAAUGAAUUCGAUAUCCUCCCCGACGAAGAAAUCAACCUAAAAAGACAAAAUGAUGAAAACGAAUUCAUCGACGUUAUAUCAAAGGACAACGAUACAAACAUCACCCUAAAUCAUAACAACAGCAGCAACAGCAACAACAACAGCAGCAACAACAACAACAACAAAGUCAUCAGCAUUCAAAAUAGCUCAUCCUCGUUUGACAACUUCUUUAUCAUUCCUGUAGAUCUUGACCAGAAAAUUGAAUUGCCAGUUUACGACGAUGAUGAUUAG